AGACACUCCGAAAACAAAACGGGCCGCAGAGGGAAUUGAACCCCCGACCUCCUGCAGAAACGUUAGGCAACUGAGUCGUCUGAACCCAAAGCAGGAAUCAUGCUUCUAGACCAUACGGCCAUGGUAGGACGUCGAGGGCUAAAGGAUAUAAUAACGCGGCUGACAAUCAUCUACAGGUAGCCUUCUGGAUACUGACAUUUACUGUAGAAAAAUGUGAUAAGACUUGUUUCUCGUCGAGCAGGAGUAGUUUCCUUUGUUUGGCAUCGAUCAAGUAGACAAAUACAGCGUGACGCUAGUUCAGACCGCCCUGCACCGUGCACUAGCCCAUGCUCCUCCCACAUCCAUUAUCACGGCUUCACAUUGCCUAAUUACCCAUCUCCCAUCUCUCACCUGAAAUACAUUCACCUCCCGUCAUCUCUUCCUGAAUCCAUCUUAUUCCCACGACCCUCUCACCGAUGCCACUUUUCAUGCUCGUCCUGCGCCUCACAAUGGUGCUCUUGAACGUGUACGACACGUUCAAAGUCCUCAAAAUACCUAUUUCCCGCCGUAGCUCCGACGGGCUGCCCUCGCAGCGCUCCCUCGUGCAGCGGAAGAGGAAUAUGAAAGGAUGUUUGGCGGUUUGGAUUGUUUGGCUCUGCUUCAUGAUGUAUGAGCGCCUGGCGGAGGGCGUGGUCUCGCUCUUCGUCCCAUUCUACGAUGAAUUCAAGUCCCUCGCUAUUCUGUUCCUCAUUCUCACGAGAGCCAGGGGCGCCGAGCCUAUAUAUCUGCACUUCAUCCGGCCGCUGCUCAAGCCGUACACGUCGACGCUGGACACGGUCUUCGAUGUCGUGCGGAUGUUCGGUGAUAUUAUCUUCGUUGUGUCAACCUAUCCUCUCCGACUCGCCUCAGACUGGUGGCACCAUCUAUUCUACAGUGCAGAGGGCUCGGCAGACUCGGACGAACAGCAUCAUGGCGGACUGUACGCCGAGGUGCAGCACGCGCUUCAAUCGGUGUCAUCGCAGAUCCCGAUCAACGGCGCCCGUCGGCGCUCGAUAGGUCAUAUUCGGGAUCCCGCCCUCGGAGGUGCUCCUGAGCAGUAUUCACCAUCUCCUCCAGCUUACGCGGAGGUCGGGAGCGGCGCGACUAUGACCCCGCCGGUGAUGGCCCAUCAGAUAUGGCAUCCUCCGCCGGCCGCGUAUCACGAUGAAGACGUGGACUACCCGGGCUCGUCGCUGUCGUAUGUCGAGACGGACUCGGAGCGGAAAUCCCGCGAGCAGCACGAGGAAUGGAGACAGUACCCAGCCUUCCCGUCCGCUUAUCCUCCGACUCCCUUGGCGCCCUCGUCUUAUCGAACGCUGCCUACCGUCUCGACUGCCUCCUUGACGUCGUUCGCUCCCAUCCAGGAAGAGGAAGAAGAGCCGAUGUAUCCUGCCAUGCAGGGUUUUUACCAGUCGCUCCCGUCUCUGCAUGAUUCCCCGAGUUUCGGUCAUGCAACAAGAGACGCGAGCGACGAUAAACUCACCCCAGAAAUUCACGAUCAACACGGCGGCUCGCCGAAAAGUGCACCGCUGGAAGAUCUCAUGGAGGAAGAUGACGGCGAGGAAGAUGCGUUCAAUGUCACUCUGCAGACUCCCGGCGCCCUGGCUGUGCCAGACACAGUAAGGGUCACUCGAUCCAAGGCUGCGGCAGCCAAGACGACGACGGUUAUUCCCCUCAGCGCGAUGCCCUCUUUGAUGUCACGAUUAUCUUCGGAGACGUCAUCUGUGUCGGACGACACAUCACCUUUCGCAGGACGCAAACGUUCCCGCGAGCCCUUUGCCCCUCCAGAGGACCAGAAAUCCCCCAUCGCAAAAGACAUCGCACUGACUGACUCGGAAGUCGUCGUUCCCGUUACCUCGCCACCUUUCGCAGACGACAGUUCAGCUACCGCUUCGGAGGUGGAGAUGGAUGAGGACGGAGCGAGCGAGAGUGAGCCCUUGACGCCGUACGUCAAACGCAGGCGAGUUGCUUCUGCACCCAGCCGGAUUCAGCCCCGACGCACGACCCGUCAAAACGCACGAGAGCCGCCGGCUCAGACCUCAGUCACCGGAAAACCACGUGCCGCUCCUCGAUCGCAGACGACAGAUCUCGCUGGCGCCCGGGCGUCCACACGACUGGCUGCUGGGGCCGCCAUCAAGUCCAAAGCAUCCGAUCCCAAGUCUGUUACUGCGUCGGCAGAGACUGCUGCUGCUGCUGGUCGCGCUGGUCGCUACGCGGCGGGGACGAAGAGAUGAUUAUGAACGCCAUUCACUUCAUUUGUACAGUUAGGCACCCACGCACCAUUCAGGCAUAUUAUCUGCAUCUUAUGUAUAAACACGGCGAAUCUCCAAUAGACUCAUUCUUAUCGAGGUCCUGCGGGAUCUGAGUGCUUGGGUGUUGCCGACGGAGAGUUGAUGAUGUCGUUGUGGGUCCGGCAGAUGGAAAUAACUUGACUGAUCGUACUUGCAGCGCCCCAUCUGUCGGCCGUUAUGGUUGUUCCGAGGAGGAUCUGUCUGUUCGGAGAUUCCAGCAUCCGACAUCCAAUCUGUCUAAUCGAUCCACUUCAGCUCAACGCUGCUGACGGACUUCCCAUCGAAGAGUCCUUGGGUAGCGCCGAUGCUGAGUCAGCGGCGAAAUAUCGCCGCAAGCGGCUAAAAACACGCUCGACUCCGCCAGGGCUCCGGCGAUGUCGCUGAUGCACGCCACAUGUCGAGGCUCUCCACUCAUACACGCUGUCUCCGCGUGUCGGUCGCACUGUUUCACCGCCUGCGACACCUUGUCCGUCGGUACCUGAAGACGCAUGUACCCGACCCGGCUGCGCGUCUUCCCAACUCCCAUCCAGAUUUCCAGUGCACUGUGAAUCGCUCGUGCGGGCGGAAACCACACGCAAUCUGCCUUAUGCGGUUCAUAUAAGGUCUGCUACUCGUCGGAGCGUUCAGUCUGCUUGGGGGAUCGAGCACAACCGUCCGACCCCAAUGUCUUGCCCUCCCGAGUCCUCUUUGGGAUUAGACUUGCCUGGAAUCCAGGUCCCUCCCGGAAAUCCAUAGAUCCUCUCUUCAGUGGGACAACAGCUCCUGCCAUCUCAUUCAAGACUCUUGCCCCUCGACGAGCAGUAAUGCUUAGUGAUGUCUUUUCAUGAUGUCUCUCUACCAACAUGCGACCUGGGCUCCGGCUUGUUCUCGCUACACCUGCCUAAGGAGCGCCCGGCGAAGUUUUCCACUCGCUACUUGAAGGGCCACUUCGCGGUCCCGUACCGCGGCAAUUCGUCGUUGAUCUCGCUGUCCAUGAAGGAUUUCGAUCUGCCCUCUCAGGGCACUCGUGACAUCUCUGUUCUCCACACGAAGGAAUGUGGAAUCAAUGGAUGACGACCAGUGUUCAGCGACCGGACGGUUGGACGAAGAAACUUCGACUGUCUUUGCAUACGUCCCACUGGGUCAAUGUCUGUGCACGACACGGCUGAGGAUGGCUCCCGGUUAAACCUUGCUUAUAAUGGGCCUGAUAGGGUCUCAGGAUUUCCCGUUUGCUGUCCGCCUGAUCCCUGCUAUUCUCCUGACAAGAUCAUGUCGAGUGUUGUGGCCCUGUUUCUCCGUGGAAAAUAUCAAGGCCUCUCUCUGUGCAUCUUCUCGGAUUCUUGCGCUUGUCAAGUAGAUUCUUGUACGUAGUCAGUCGGUAGUCAGUACUUACAAGGUCGGCGAUGACACAACCGAUCUGACGUGAUCGUCUCUUCCACACAACACGGCCACACUGAACUUGAAUCCAAACCCUCAUGCCGAUUCCCUGGGAAGCCUUGAUCCCAACCGGUCUCCUCGUCACCAUGUUCGGCGUGACCGGCACGCUGGCGAAUGUCACCUUCCGCGCGCAGAACCUCUGGAAGCCUCCGCGGUACGGUUUGGAGGCGUGGGACGAGAUGAUGAUGGCGCGGGACUACCACUUGACGGGACAUAACCGAGGGCAAACGUCGGAUCCAGUAAUCCCUCCUAGACAAAAAUAAACUGUUCUUCAAUCGCAUGUCGUGUUACCAUCCAUUCGAGUGUCGCAUGCAAGACCCGAGCUACGAUGUCGCUCACUCGCAUUCUUGCUUCGUGAUUCGACUUCUGACGAUGCAUGAAUGCCUGGAUAGCGUCGCUCUGCUCAUUUGUAUCGCGCCUACUUUGGACCGGACGAAUACGGCUCGGCCGCAACGAACGCUGUGCUUGGCGAACACGUAUAUCUGGGCCACUGGUUGAAAGCUGUUGAUUUUGGCUCUUUGUGCUGCGCUUGCUCUACUUCCCAUCGACUUGUGUCCCGCAAAUCCUUGAUCUGUCCUGUUUACUAUUCAGUUGGCUCACUUGCCCUUGUCUUGAGGGUACGGUGUGGAUAAUUGACUGGGACUGAUACUGCUCCUUACCUCGGAGCUCAAUCGAGAUGCAAUUUCAUCUUGCUCGCUACCCACCUUGAAUGCGUUGUAAUGCUAGCAUGUGCCAGAUGUCACGGAAGUUGUUUAUAUUUGAUUACCCACCACUUUUGCCUUUGAACCACCACCACCAUGGCCGAACUGGCUGCUCAACCCAACCCUGCUCUCAUGAGUGCAUUGUUGACAGCUGUGGCAGACAACCUGAAGGACUUGAGUGAUCAAGUUGCCCUGCUCAACAAUGUCCCUGUCAUGGACCUAAGCCCUCAACUUCAACAGCUUGUUUUGGCAGUCAACCAGCUCACAGUCAGAGUUAAUGACAACCACCAGGAUCUAGUUCGGAGGCUUGAUAACAUCCACACUACCCUGGCCCUUCAGCCCAUGCAACUUGCAAAUUCAUCAGCUGGACCAAAUGGCCUUCUUGUUGGGCCAAACUUAGCCCCACUUGCUGAUCCUCACCCACAAACUUGUGAAGUCUUGCUCAAAUUUACAAUUGCUCAGUGUCAGGCAUCCACUGCUGCAUUUAUUGCUGAUGGCUAUAUACUUCAAGUUCAUCCGAAUGGCACUCAUCUUGUUAUUCACCAACAACAACUUGCUCUUUUCCUUGGUGUCUGUGUGUAAAAGUGUAGAGAUGAGUACUCAUGAUGAGCCUUAUUAAGCAUGUUAUAUUGUUACUGUUCUUGUUCUUGCUGCUACUUGCUUACAAAUGAAAUGCUUGUGUAUAUUGAUAUCUUUGACCUAUAUCUACUUUUUGGCAUUCAGUUGA